CAACGUCAAGUGUGAAUAUGCUACACAUUAUUUUUCUUAUGUUUUAUGGUUUUGUUAGAUGUUUUGUGAAGCAACCUGCAGCAAUAUAUAUUAUCCUCAGCUUGUGGCUAUUAAGGCUGGAUAAGAUGUCUGGAAAUGGGGAUUUGGAGUUACGCAUUCACGAGCAUCAUAUAGUAAUUGACAAUGGAAUACUUAAGCUCACUCUGUCGAAACCGGGGGGACUUAUCAGAGCCAUACGAUACAAUGGAAUCGAUAAUUUGCUCGAACUUCGUAAUGAAGAGCUCAAUGGCGGGUUUUAUGACCUCAAUUGGAGUGAAGAAGGGGCUAACAAAACAAGGGGACAGUUUGAUGUGAUUCAAGGAAAACACUUCAGCGUUGUCGUAGAAAACGAAAACCAAGUAGAGCUUUCCUUCACAAGACCAUGGGAUCCUUCAGUUCAAGGAAAACAGUCACCACUAAGUAUAGAUAGGAGGUUUGUGAUGCUCCGUGAUCACCCAGGAUUCUACUCUUAUGCCAUAUUUGAACACGCAGAGGACUUUCCUGGUUUCAACCUCAAUACUGCCAGGAUUGCAUUCAUGCUCAGAAAAGACAAGUUUCAUUACAUGGCUGUGGCAGAUAAUAGGCAGAGAUAUAUGCCCCGACCAGAAGAUCGACUACCCGGAAGAGGUCAGAACCUGUCAUACCCAGAAGCAGUUCUCCUUGUUGAUCCUGUGGAGCCUGAAUUUAAAGGAGAAGUCGAUGAUAAGUACCAAUACACAUUGGAAAACAAAGAUAAUAAGGUGCAUGGUUGGAUAUGUUUUGACCCACCUGUUGGCUUCUGGCAAAUUACACCUAGCAAUGAAUUCCGAAAUGGAGGACCCUUCAAACAAGACCUGACCUCCCAUGUGAAUCCUACCACUCUUGCAAUAUUUGGCACAUCACACUAUGCGGGAGUGGAUCUGUUACUAAAAUUUAAAGAUGGAGAAGUAUGGAAGAAAGUUUUUGGGCCAGUAUUUAUAUAUCUCAAUUCUGUUCCAGAAGGAGAGGACCCCAUUUCCCUUUGGAAUGAUGCCAAGGAACAGAUGAAAAAAGAAGUGGAAGCAUGGCCCUACGAUUUCCCAGCUUCAGAGGAUUUUCCUAAAUCUCACCAGAGGGGUGAAGUAAGGGGUAAACUGCUUGUAUAUGAUAGGUACAUUAACGAGGACAAAGUACCAGCCAGAGCAGCCUAUGUUGGUGUGGCACCACAAGGGGAUACGGGAUCAUGGCAGAGGGAAUCCAAGAGGUAUCAGUUUUGGACCACUACUGAUGAGAAGGGUUACUUUUCCAUACCUAAUAUAAGAGCCGGUGACUAUAAUCUUUACGCAUGGGUGCCUAAAUUUAUUGGAGAUUACAAGUAUGAAGUAGCAUUAAACAUUACCCCAGGGUCUUUCAUUGAUGUUGGUGAGCUUACAUUUGAGCCACUGAGGGAUGGUCCUACUUUGUGGGAAAUUGGAAUCCCUAAUCGUACUGCAGCCGAAUUCUAUGUUCCUGAUCCUAACCCAAUGUACAUCAAUAAACUAUAUGUAAAUCAUCCAGACAGGUUUAGACAAUAUGGACUAUGGGAGAGAUAUGCUGAUCUGUAUCCAGAUAAAGAUUUAGUGUACACGGUCGGAGUAAGUGACUACACAAAAGAUUGGUUCUAUGCUCAGGUCACAAGGAAAAUCGGAGACAAUGAAUACACGGGCACAACAUGGCAAAUCAAAUUCAGCAUUGACUGGUUGAUUGAAGGAGGUAUCUACAAACUCCGGCUGGCACUUGCAUCAGUCCACAAUUCUAAUUUGCAGGUUCGUGUCAAUGAUGCUUCUGCAAAUCCUCCCUUGUUUUCGACUGGAGAAAUCGGGGGAGAUAAUGCAAUUGCUAGGCAUGGGAUUCGUGGAAUCUAUUGGUUGUUUAGUGUGGACAUACCAGCUGUUCAACUCAUACCUGGGGAAAACACCAUAUACUUGACACAGACGAAGAGUGAGAGCCCGUUCCAAGGCAUUAUGUACGACUACAUUCGUCUCGAAGGUCCGUAUCACAUAGAUUCUUAGUUGGCUCGAAGCAGAAUUCGAGCCGUCCUUUCAAUAACACUCGAGUGGUUCGAUGCAUUCACCACUGUCCCCUCUCCCCUACUCAGCUCAAAAUUAUGGUGAGCAAUUCCAAUUUGUUUGGAUUCAUGUAGAGAAUAAUCCUGCCUGGUAUAAUAUGCUCUAGUCUUGUUUUCCAUUUGAGAUCACUUUAUUGGAAUAUGAAAUUUGUUUUGAUC